AGCGCAUCAUCGGAUAUUUGGAAUUUUGAAAUCAGCACUGUGUGACUAGUAUCGGAGAAGUCGGUUUGCCUUGUUCAAUCAUGGUCAACAGUGGAGGGAUGAGUAUGAGCAGUAUAUCUACUUAUGCCGAUCCCUUUGGAUUAUUACUUGAAGACACUCGCGUAUACUCCUUUCGUUCUCACAAGCAUCUCAUCUUCACUUCAGAUAAUUUUAAUCUCACAAAGCUCCAUCGAGUGUCAACUCUUUCACAAUGUUUCUCAGCCCUGCUUGGAGAUUUGUAUCUACAAGUGAAUAUCAACCUUACUUCCUUGCUGCGGCAGUAUUCGGCAUUUGGCUUCUAUCAUGGCGUUUGUGGAGAUUUACCAUUCGGCCAUACCUUAGACCGCAAGAUCCUAUCGAACUUCCCUACUGGAUACCAUGUAGGUAUUCUUUCGAUCUAGCUGAAACUUUACUGACAGUAUGUAGUUUUUGGACACAGUCUUAGUUUCUUCCGGAACUCUGAUAGUUUGAUCGAGCGUGGCUUGUAUGUUGAAACCCAUUUCCAUACCCAUUACAUCCAUUGCUUUCCUACCCUUCUCUUCAUACUUUCUUGAUGACGGAAUGUGAUAAUAACAAUUGUACUCCAGGGAUUACACUGGUCGCACUCACGAACCUUUCGCCAUUCAAGUGGCUUCACAAUUGUUCUAUAUUGUUACAGGACCACGGGAUGUCGCAGAAGUUUACAGAAAUGUAGCCACUCUAAGUUGGGAUGGUCACUUGUCUCAAAUCCUUUCUAACUUUGGCUUCACUGGCAAAGCGUUGAAGUUGGCCUGGCAUGUGCCCAUUCCAGGAGACAAAUGCUAUAUGCAUAAGAAUCCUGUCAACCCUAAGCAACUAUCUCUGGUCAAGCUCAUCGAGGAAGUUUAUAUUGCCCAGUUACUUCCUGGUGUACACAUGACUGAAAUGUCCGAGAAAUUCAUCGUUUCGCUCAAAGACUCCCUCCAACCACUAAAGAUGGACUUUUGUACAUUGAGUAGGAAUGGUCUUACUCGUCGGGUCUCAUUAAAGGCUCUUUGCCGAUCUACUCUCGUCGAAGCUGCAACAUUUUCCAUGUUCGACAAAGCCCUCCAUAAGCUCAAUCCAAACAUUGUAGAAAACAUGUUGGACUUCAACGAUAGUGCUUGGAUGGUUUUCUUCGGCCUUCCAGAAAUAUUCUCAGCCAAAGUAGCCAACGCUCGCAAAACAAUGCAGAAGACGAUGGCAGAAUUUGCGCGUCUUUCGGAAAACGAGCGUGUUGGUCAAGCUUGGGGAAUUGGAACGAUUCUUAAGGCACAGGAGAUUGUUGGCAUUGAUAUUGAAAGCAGAGCUUGUAUGCUUUUACUGAUUUACUGGGCGUAAGUGAUCCUUUGGUUCUUGAUAUUCAUAUUUGAGUAUAAAUCGCUAACGAUCCAAAGUGCAAACUCAAACGAGUACAAUAUCUCAUUCUGGCUUAUUGCACAUCUCGUUUAUAACGUACCUCUUAUGGAGCGAGUUCGCGGCGAGUUGGAAGCAGGUUGGAAAGACGGUGACCUUGACAUCAAAUAUCUCUGUGCCAAUUCUCCUAACCUUGAUGGCGCAUUCCAAGAAUCACUACGUCUGAACGGAGGUGCAAUGAUGAGUCGCCAAGUCAAGCAGCCUACUAUGAUUGGUAACAAAUUAAUGCAACCUGGAUCCAAUGUGCUCAUGCCAUCUCGUCAGCUACACAUGAACGAGAGUGUUUGGGGCCAAGAUUACAAGAACUUUGAUGCAGAGCGAUUCGUUAGAGACAAGGGCUUGCUAAAGCAUUCUUCUUACCGACCAUUUGGUGGCGGCAUCAGCUAUUGCCCUGGACGUGUCAUGGCUAAAGAGCAGGUUUACGCUUUUAUUGCUAUUAUUUUCAGACGCUUUGAUGUCAAGCUGGCGCCUGGAAUUAACGGAAAGUUUCCAGUCUUGGAUGAAAGCACUCCUUCCCUUGGAAUUACAGGUCCAGUCAAAAGUAUGGACGUGUUCAUGGACUUGACGGAAAGAGAGAAGUGCAACCAAUAUUGAAAAUGCGGGGGACAAAUUCUUCCGAAGAAUCUCAGGAGUUGCGAUACCAUAGUUUAUUAUCUUUAUUUUCAUGUAUAUAGUUUUGUUUUAUCUGUACCAUCGAGUGGCCAAAUAAAAUUAUCAAUCAUUUUUUAACUACGAAAUAACAUAUCAAUUACCAGACCUUUGCACUUCAAUUAUCAUUCUAUGUCUUUUCAUCCACAUUGACAAUUCACCUAGAAUAUAGCUGGCUACGAUUCGAAGAUUAUACAAUAUGAUCUAGAACGGCCGAGGCUUCUUAAAAACCAUUAAUCUUCACAUUUCAUCCGGAUGUCAUUUUAGGCUUUGGCGUCAAGUGGUAUCCUGAGCCAGCCGCUGUCCCAUACCAACGGAUCCUCCAGAUGUCGACAU